CUCUGAGAUGAAUCUUGUCAGCCGUAUUUGUCAGAAGGAAGAAAAACAGCAGAAAACGUCAGCAAACAGAAAUGGUUCUUAUUUUUAUUUUCAGGCUACAGGAGUGGAUCAAGCUGUUGGCAUGAGUCUUGUUGUCUUCAGCCUCCUGCUGUUUACAUACUACUCUGUCUGGGUCAUCAUCUUGCCUUUCGUGGACAAUGAUCACAUACUGCACAAGUAUUUUCUUCCUCGAGAGUACUCAGUCAUUCUGCCUGGCAUUGCAGCAGUAAUACUGCUCCUCUGUAUUGGAGCCUUCACUGCAGUUAUCAUGUGGAAGAAUCGCAAGCCAAAGAAAGUAGACUGAUCUCAGGAUAGUGACUGCUGUGGAAUAUGUGGAAUGUCUGUGAAAAAAGCCUUGAUGCUAAACUGUCUGGUGGCGCUGCAGGCAAAAUCACACCUAAUAAUGGUUACUGAACCACUGACACUCAUGCUUAAAAAAUUGGAUUCGUUAAAAAGAAAGUUCCUGAUAUUUAUUUUAUAUUUUGGUUCUAUUUCCAAUUUGGUUUGAGCUGAUAAUUAAGCUUUAAAGCUGCUAUGGGUCCGAUUUGAAAACCUUUGACGUCGGUGCCCCCAAGUGGCAGUUUAGUAUUGUAAAAAAAAUAAUUAUUGACUUUAAAUUUUCCCAUAGCUCACUGCUACUAUUCCUGUUCCAUAGUGUUUAGAUCCGUCACUGUGUUCUCACCUCCAAUGUGAACAGAAAUUCCUUAGCUGAAGAGUUAUAUCAUUGUCAUAUUUAAAAGACCUAAAUGAUUUCAUUGGGAUCCCAUAUAUAAACCCUCAGAGCAACUACUGCAAAGGCAGGGCUUGUGUCACUGUCAGUACUUUGAACCACACAGCUGUUUAGAUGUUGCAUAUACCUGUUCAGAUACCGUAUUGGCCCAAAUUUGAGACAGCCUUGAUUAUAAGAGAACGCCCCGGUCGCAGUUAAACAUGUAACAUGAGCAGUCAGAGUUUAGCUAGACUAACGAAACACUUUACAGAAUUAACUCGACUUGAGGACAAUCACUAACCCAGUAACAUUAAGGCUUCAAACUACCUAUAAUGCAUCACUCUGUGAAGGAGCCGGUGUUACACCAGUACUCCUUCCAUUCUAAAAAAAAAAUCUGAUGUUGUGAAUACGUAAAUAUCUUGUUGUAUAAUAUAAUACGACCCCCACUACUUGAAAUGUGAUUUCCAUCAAUUAUAUAUUUGGGCCAAUACGGUAAUUCACAAUGAUAUGGCAGGAUGGAAGGGAAGUGAAAUUUGUGUGAAUGUCUGGAAAAUUACAGAAAGAACGACUUAAUUGUCAGUUUUUGUAGUGUGUGAAAGUGUGGAUGAUGUUGAUUGUAAAUAGUUUUGUAUGCAAACCAGCAUUUUACAGUAAGACUGGUAAUGGGGCCAAUGGUCCCUUUUCUUAGUUCAAUAAAAUGUUGAUGCUGUGAAAUGUGUUGAGUUUUUU